AUGAGUGAUUCCAAGGAAAUGGGGAAGAAGCAGCUCGGCCCUCUCGAUGAGGAACAGCUGGUAACCGGCCCCACCAGGUACUCCAUCAAAGGCUUUGGCUUCCAACCAAAUUCUGGAUUCAGUAGCUUCACAGGGCACCUGGGCCUCAACCAUGUCCCCUUGGCACUGCAGGCUUUCUUCCUCAUUGUUUUCUCUGUGCUGCUGCUCGUCAUCCUUGUGAAAGUCUACAAGAUCCCCAGUUCUCAGGGACAGGAGCAGUCCAUCCAGGAGGUCUACCAGGAACUGAUCCAGCUGAAGGCUGGGGUAGAUCGCCUGUGCCGCCCCUGUCCCUGGGACUGGACACCCUUCCAAGGAAGCUGCUACUUUUUCUCUGUGAGCCAGAAAACCUGGAAUGAUUCUGCCACUGCCUGCCAGAAUAUGGGGGCUCAACUUGUGGUCAUCAAGAGUGAUGAAGAGCAGAACUUUCUCCAACAGGCUUCUAAGAAAAGAGGCCACACUUGGAUGGGGCUCAUUGACAUAAAUAAUGAAGCCACAUGGCACUGGGUGGAUGGCUCACCUCUGACACUCAGUUUCAUGAAGUAUUGGAAUAAAGGAGAGCCCAACAACCUAGGGGAGGAAGACUGUGCGGAGUUCAGAGAUGAUGGCUGGAACGACACCAAAUGUUACAACAAGAAAUUCUGGAUCUGCAAAAAACCCAAAGCUUCCUGCCCUAGCAAGUGA